CGUCUAUCAAAAUUGGACACUUUAAAUGUGACUUGUUGGUACAGUUGCUGAUCAGCCUCUAGUGCAGUUAUUACCCCAACCUAACUUCUCUUCAACCCUUGCAAUUGUCUAUGAAUAUGGUUUGAAUCCAAGAAUUGAUGCCACCAAAUAAUAUCAUGAGCAGGAGCAAUCAAGGCUGCGUUUUGAAGAGAAAAUCUAAAGGGCUUAUGGAUCAAGACAAGGAUAGGAUUACGUGCUGUUUAGCAGUGAAAGAUGAGAAGAUAAUUAAAGGGAAAUCAUCAUAUCCUCUCUUAUCCUUCCAUGAAUUGCCCGAUUAUAUGAAGGAUAAUCACUACAUACUCAGGUAUUACAGGUCUGACUGGCCUCUUAAACUUGCCUUUCUCAGCUUGUUUCGAUGGCAUAAUGAGACGCUUAAUGUUUGGACCCACUUACUUGGGCUGUUGUUGUUUCUGGGAUUGACUGUUGCUAAUGCGAUGCAUGUUUAUGAGGUAGCAGACUUCAUCACAAUGUUUGCUAUGCAAUUUCCAUCAAGUGCAGAAGCUAACAUCUCCAACAAAUUCUCAGCUGGGACAGCAAAUCUAAUAGAUUUGAAGAAAGAAUCAAGUCAAAAAAUGAAAGCAAGCACUACUCCAAGUUGGCCCUUCUAUGUGUUUCUGUGUGGCUCCAUCUUCUGCCUCCUCUGCAGCAGCCUGUGCCACCUCUUCUGCUGCCACUCGCGCCACCUCAACACGCAGCUCCUCCACCUCGACUACGUGGGGAUCACCGUCAUGAUCAUCGCCUCCUACUUCCCACCCAUGUACUACAUCUUCCAGUGCACCCCUCACUGGCAGGUGGUCUACCUCACCGGCAUAACAAUCCUAGGCGCCUGCACCAUCAUCACCCUGCUCACGCCCGCCCUCUCCUCCGGCAAGUGCCGCUCCUUCCGCGUCCUCCUUUUCGUCUCCAUGGCCCUCUUCGGCAUCAUCCCUGCAAUCCAUGCUGCCGUGGUCUACUGGACUGAUCCUCACCGCAAUGUCAUCCUAGCCUACGAGGGCGUCAUGGCCCUCUCAUACUUGACCGGGACCGUCUUCUACCUCAGCCGGGUCCCUGAGCGCUGGCGGCCCGGCUGGUUCGAUCUGGCCGGCCAGAGCCACCAGAUCUUCCAUGUGUUUGUGGUCUUGGGGGCCUUGGCACAUUAUGGUGCUGCUGAUAUUUUCUUGAGGUAUAGGAGUAAAGUGGGCUGUGACAAACUUGGUUAUUGAUUCAUUGUAUUGGGAUUUGGGGUUUGUUAUUUACCAUAUGCUAUAUGGUCAUAACAAAAAAUUAGCCCUUAGUGAGAACGUAGCAUUCUUUAGGUGUUGUUUCAUCUGCAACUUUGAGUUGCAUGAGAAUUGGGCCCGGUGGGUCGGGUCGCCCGCCUGCAACACGACGAUUAUUGGAUCGUCGUAUGCAGUUUGGGCAAAUUUCAAAUUCAUCUAUAAACAAUAGUAUUGUAGCUGUAAAAAAUUGGAACUGCAAUGGUAAAAGGAGCUUCUAUAAAGAAA